ACAUAACAAUACUAAAGCAUCAAUUAUACUCUAGUGUACAGUAUUACGUUAUACGCUAUUGCAUUUAUGAUUCUCAAUUUUUCAAACAUGUAAUAAAUAUAAAACAAAUAUUUUUGUUCUUCUACAGACAAAUAAUUAUCUUGUGUGUUAAACACCUACCGUUUUAUUUAGGUGGCGCUACCGCUUUUCAAGAGACAGGGUCUGGCAACACUGCAUACAGUCGUCAUACUGCCAUUAAGAUGGACGCCUUUUUACUAAAUGUGAAAUCAUUAACUGAGAAGUUUAUCAAAAGCGAUUGCAUGUGCAGUCUAAAUUAUUUUCGCUAUGAAGAAGGUGCAAAACUUUGCUUAUGUGAGAAUGAAUACCGGAAAUUGAAGAACUACGUGGAUUACUUCAAAUUUUUGGAACUCCGGGAGAAAACCUUUAAUUUCGGUUAUGAAACACAACCAUCAGAUGAUAUGUAUAAAAGAUCGACAUCCGACUUUCACGAAAGGCGAAGGGGAUUCGCGAUGUUAAUGAUUCUCGAAAUUGAAGAUAAACUUGAAUCCUUAAAUCUCAAAAAAAUCAUAACUAAUCCAACGUACACAGAGAUUCAUGAUAAAGUCAAGGCAUUAAAAAGUGAAUAUCCAAUAGCAUUUAUGUAUUCAACACAAGUACGUAAAAUCAACAAUAAAACUGAAAUCCACAAUAUUAAGGAUUAUCAAAUGCAGCGUAAUAUAACGGAGCGCACUCUGAUCACCCUAAAUGCGUACGAAGAAUAGCAGAGUCAGAUCAGUUAAAUAUCUAAAAAAAAUCUUAUUAUUUUUUUUUUUCAAUGAUACACAAAUAUGAGUAAUAAGUUGUGAAAUAAAGUAAUAGAACACUUUGUAAUUAUUAAUAAAACAUGCGGGGUAAUGUGUUAUAUGUAAUUACUUAACAUAUCGUUUGUUUACUAUCUUUGAUUGUUAACUUCAUCGUAAUUACAAUUAAACUAUAAAAAAUCAAUAGCAUUGUUUAUACUUUCUAAGUUUAAUAAGACAUUAAUAUUAUUAUUAUUAUUUUUUUUUUAAUUUAUAAUUUAAAAAAAAUUGUUUAUUUUUUUUUCAUUUUUAUUAAAAUUACUGGUUAAUAAUAAUAAUGAUAAUCAUUUUGCUUCAUUAUUUUUUGGGGAUAC